AAAGGAGGAGAAGUAGGAAGAGAAGGAGGAACGGCAGCAAAGAAAAGCAGCAAACAGCGGAGCACUCUCCUCCUCUCCAGGCCUCUCGCGCCGCUCCCUCGCUCCUUAUCAGUAUCAAUGGUCAGCCCCAAAAGAGCAGAGCGCAUGGAGCGGAGCGCGCAUGGAGAACUUUGGGCGGGAUUGCAAGUGGGAGAGGGAGAGCGGGAGAGUGGGAGAGCGGGAGAGCGCCGCCAAGUGAUCGGGAGCCAAUACGCUGAAUUUGAAUUGUGGCCACCUUAUCAGUUUAUAAUAUUUCGUACAGGUUUCGUGCUUCCAAUUGUGUUGUCCACAUGCAAAUAACACGGCAUUUUCGGGUGGCAGGGGGUGUCUUCCCCUCCCCCUCCCGCUUACGCCUUUCUGCUUUUUUGACUUUCUGGCUUAGUGUUAAAUAUUAAUUAACAAAUUUGCUCGAGUUGAACUGUGCGUAAAUCGAAAUCACUACGGCCAUAAAACGCGCAACACAAUCAUAACAAAUGGCGUGGAACACACACUCUCACACUGUUUUUGGACCACACUGAGCACCAUCAUACUCUAUUCCAAGUCGAAGUCCCUGUCACUUUCCACUUUGCAAUUCCUUUUUCCAAGUGUUUUGCUUGUCUGCAGCAGAGGAUGACAGCACAGUGGGGCAAACCCUAUUACUUCAGGUUUAGUUUGCUUUUGGUUUUAGCCAAAAGAAGUCCCAUAUCAAGGCCGGCGAUACGCGACUGUUCCAAUCCCCGCCAGCCACUGCGAAUGGCUGAUGCUCUGCAUCAUGCUUCUCUGCUGGAGCGGUACACUGGGCUCGCCCUCGUGAGGAGUCACACAGCCAACGAUGAGCAUUGGCAAUCAAACUUGACCGCGCUUCGCACUGAUCGCAUAAUUUGCUGGACAAAUAGUGAUUUCUAAUGCUAAAAAUACACACACAAUACACCCCAAGACCUGGCUGACCAGGCGACGUCGGUCACAGGUAGGCCAUCCCCGAUGAUGAUGAGUGGGUCGACCAACCCGUGAUCCUACGAUAUACGAGUAUAUACGAGUAUAGACGCCCCACGCUCGUCGCCUCCUGACGUCCCCGAACCCUUCACCGCGCCACGUUAAUGGUUGUCGUAAUGCGACAAUAUUGAUAGCCGAUUAUACCAGGCCAUUGAUAACGCCCUCGCUGGCAGGGUGACUGCGGGAGGGGAAGGGUAUGGGGGGACUGGGAACGGGAAUCAAUUCCGCAUAGUGCGUCCGAGGGUGGUCGUGCCACGCCCCAUUUCUAAUUGAUAAGAUAGUGGAGUCCAGGCCGGAUGAAAUGGAGCGCUGCUGCAGGCUUCACUGCUCACAAGGAGCGAAUUGGCGCCUCAGCAGGAACAGCAACACCUGUAUACCCUAAAUACUCUAAAUACCCUAAAUACCCUAUACACUUUUUUUACCCGGUAGCCAAGUGUCACAGGCAUCAAUCACAAGCUAUUCCAUAUUUCACAUCCGACGGAAGCCCAGAAUAUAUUUUCUUCUGUACGUAAGACAAACAAAAAUAAGUAUUAUAUUUGCUCGCAAUGGAGCUCUCCCAACUGGAGGACCUAUACCACUGGCGCCGCUCAUUUUGGGGACUGGGCAAAGAAGCUAUCCGUAUGCCAUCGAGCUGCAGCUCCCGCCCACCGAGCAAUCCUCGCCAGCUGUUGGCUUGGCUAGCAUCUUUGGAGCUGCCCAUGCUGAAGGACGAGACACCGCCGCCCAGUUUCUACUUCGAUUUGCUGGAGGCCAAUGCCGUGGCACUGGACCGCAGUGUCCACAGCGGCAAGCUGCUCAUAACGCUGGGUAGUCAGACGGAGCAAGUUCCGGAGGAGUAUGUGUCCCACACACUGGCAUUGCUGGCGACCACGGCUCUGCAGCUAUGCAGACCUGGAGAUGCGCCAGCCUCACCAUGUCAUGCGGCAUCUGGUGAUGCAGUACCACUUCCGGUGUUGCAGGACACCGGAACCUGUCCCAAUGUGCAGCUUUCCACAUUGGUGGGGAUCGGAACUGGUCCCGAUUUGGCGCACAUUCCCAGGUUGGUGGAGAAGGGAACUGGAACCGAUCCCUAUCCGGUUUCGAUGGACACAGACUUGCCACAUGCGAGCAGCGAAUCGUUUUCCGCCGUGUUGAUGAGGGCGUUCCUGGCGCUGUCCGUGCUGCACGCCGUCUACGUCUUCUCCAGGAUCACCUUCGACACCUUCAUGACCCACGUGUGGGAGGCCUUCGUCCAGGACUUGCCACCGCCUCGAACUCCGUCGAUCGAGGAGACGCCAGCAUUCCUGUCCGCAGGCAUUUGGCAACGGAUUGUCGCCAAGCUGGCGGAGCUGCGUACCCGAUUUCCCUAAGUCCGCUCCUGGAUGAACGGACUUUGUUAGUUUCAAUUCGGUUAUUUAUAAACCCAUCCCGCUAUUUUUACACCACCAGUUUCAGUUGCUGUUGCUGUUCCAAUCGGAUUCCUUCGCCGCCGACGUCCACUGCUGGUUGUUGUUCUCGUUGCCGGCGGCGUUAGAGAUUACGAGACAAACACGGGGUGCCCGAAAAUACGGAUUACUGUUGUUGUGUACCCGAGACGACAACAACAACAACAACUAUCUAGCCCGGCGAUAAGCGUCGGAAUCAACACGAAUCUCGGUCAACAGCUCACCGAUCCAUAGCCAAAUAAACGCCAGUUCAAAUCGAAA